AUGGCUCCAGCUGCGAAAGACAUUCCCCUCGAGAAGGAGGACUUCGAGCGUGAUAAGGCCUUCAUGCAGGCCCUUCACGGCAAGUCCACCGAGGCCAAGGGCGGCUUCAGCGCCAUCCUCAAGAAAGACAAGGAGGCCCAGAAGAUCGCUGUUGAAGAGUACUUCAAGCACUUCGACAACAAGCGCGCAGAGACGGAGACCCAGGCCGACCGUGAGGCGAGGACACGGGAAUAUGCUACCCUGACAAAACACUACUACAAUCUGGCUACCGAUCUAUACGAGUACGGCUGGGGCCAGAGCUUCCAUUUCUGCCGCUACUCGAUCGGCGAGCCCUUCUAUCAGGCUAUUGCCCGCCAUGAGCACUACCUCGCCAUGAAGAUCGGCAUCCAGGCUGGCAUGAAGGUCCUGGACGUCGGCUGCGGUGUUGGUGGCCCGGCCCGCGAGAUCGCCAAGUUCACCGACGCCCACAUCACCGGUCUUAACAAUAACGACUACCAGAUCGAGCGUGCUAAGCGCUAUGCCGCUCGUGAGGGCCUUUCGCACCAGCUCGACUUCGUCAAGGGCGAUUUCAUGCAAAUGAAAUUCCCAGACAACACCUUCGACGCCGUUUAUGCCAUCGAGGCCACCGUCCACGCCCCCAAGCUAGAGGGCGUAUACAGCGAGAUUUUCCGCGUGCUGAAGCCCGGUGGUGUCUUCGGCGUGUACGAGUGGCUGAUGACCGACGAGUACGACAAUAACAACCUGGAGCACCGUGACAUCCGCCUCGCCAUCGAAGAGGGCAACGGUAUCUCCAACAUGGUGACCAUCUCGGAGGGUCUGGCGGCCAUGAAGGCUGCUGGCUUCGAGCUGCUGCAUCAUGAAGACCUGGCGGCCCGCCCUGAUCCUAUCCCGUGGUACUGGGGCAUCGCCGGCGAAAUGAAGUACAUGCAGUCCUACUGGGACCUCUUCACUGUCCUGCGCAUGACCCACGCCGGUCGUCGGGUCGUGCAUGUCUUCACAGGCUUCCUUGAGACCAUCGGCCUGGCUCCCAAGGGCACCAAGAAGACCGCCGAUGCUCUUGCCAAGGGUGCCGACGGUUUGGUAGCCGGUGCCAAGAAGAACCUCUUCACCCCAAUGUACCUCAUGGUCGGCCGCAAGCCGGCGAACUAG